AUGGUCGUGAUGCGAAUGCAGAAUAUGAGUAAGGAACUCAGGGAAUUGUGGGACGCAGAUGCGCCACAGUCCAUGAACGCGGAUGUGCAGGAAAGCACUGAGAACUUGUCGCAGGAGGGAAACGUGUCCAGGGAGGGUCCAGAGUGGAAAAGUACUUGGCGCCUUUCAGCAUCUCCAGACUGGUUUGAAUGGGAGGUGCUGGAAAAUCAGGAGCGACUGCCAUGGAGACUCUUCUUCAUCCUCCGCUGUUGUCAAGGCAGUAGAGGCCAAAGGACAGCUACAACCGGAGGCUUUGGGUCGAUUCCUUAUCAACACGCAGCAAAGUGCUCCUUGCUACUCGAAGUGGAAUCUGGGGUCAUUCGGUAUAUCGAAGAUUUCGCUGAGAGUUUUCCAGGCCAUGGAGACUCUUCUUCAUCCUCCGCUGUUGUCAAGGCAGUAGAGGCCAAAGGACAGCUACAACCGGAGGCUUUGGGUCGAUUCCUUAUCAACACGCAGCAAAGUGCUCCUUGCUACUCGUCCGUGAACCUCAGUGCCACUGACAAGCCAGCGUCGGGCAAAGCCUGGAUGCAAUGCGAACCGUGCAAUGGUGCCCUGAGAUUCCUUGCGUCGGCCGCCGCCUGGAGAACAAGCGACGUUAUCCGUGCCUUCGCCUUAGUCUUCGCUUGGGCUUUAUACCUUUUAGGUGGCGGCCGUAGGAAUAUGGUGGCCUCCUCCGCUGACAUACCCGCCACUUGCUUAGUCAAAAUGUCAUAUGCUUGCUCCGCAGGAGUCCUUAAGGGUGCUACUAUGUGA